AUGUCCAAUCUGUACAAUCUCAACAAAUAUUCAACCGUAAGGUUGAACAAUGGACAGCACAUUCCUAUCGCAGGAUUUGGAACUUAUUUGAUCCCCGCAGAGAAAGCAGCCACACUUGUAUAUGACGCUUUGGCCGCCGGCUACAGACACAUUGAUACUGCCAUUGCUUACAAGAAUCAACGUCAAGUUGCACAAGGUAUCUCAAAGUUUCUCCAAGAUAAUCCCAAAGUUCAGAGGAAAGACAUUUGGUUUACCACCAAAAUUGCAAACCAAAAUCAAGGAUAUGAGGAAACUCAAAAGGCUGUGCAACAAAUUAGUGAUGAGACCAAAAAAUUCAUUGAUUAUGUCGACUUGAUUUUGAUUCAUUCCCCAAAGACUUCAGCCAAAGAACGUUUGGGUACUUACAAGGCAUUACAGGAGUAUGUGCUUGACCCAAAUAAUAGAACAUUAAAUGUGAGAUCAAUUGGAGUUUCAAACUAUGGUGUUGAACAUUUAGAAGAGUUGUUUCAUUGGGAGGGCUUACAAGUUAAGCCAGUGAUUAACCAACUCGAAUUGCACCCUUGGUUGCCCCGAGUUGAACUUAGAAAGUAUUUGGAGGAGCACGAUGUUUUGGUUGAGGCAUAUUCGCCACUUACCCAAGGAUACAAGUUAGACGAUCCCGAAUUGUUAGAGCUCAGCAAAAAGUACAACUUAGGUCCAGCAGAAAUUUUGUUAAAAUGGUCAUAUUUGCAGGGAUUCAUUGUUUUGGUAAAAACAGAGAACCCCAAAAGGAUCAAACAGAACUUGAAUGUUUUGCCUGACCUGGGAGAACGUGUUGAUGGUGAAGGAAAGCUUGGUUUGAACUCGGAAAUCUUAGAAGCAUUGAACAAGCCAGAAUCAAAAGUUGUUCUCACUUGGGGCGGAGUUGAUCCUACUUUAUAUAAGGAUCGGUAA